AUGGCUCAUAAGUUUGAUAGGGAAAUGUACAACAUCGAUCCUUGUAUGAAAAGAAGAAAAUAAACAAGAGUUCGCAAGCAAUUAGUUAAAGCGAAUUUGCAAGAUGAAAGUGAAGAAAAUUGCUUAAUUGAGGUAUAAUAGAAAGUCACAAAAAAAUAUCAAAAUUAUUUGCAUACUCUAAGAAAAAUGGGUGAUUUUGAUUGGACUGAUAUAGAAAAUACAAAUAACUCCAAAGUUAUUUAUCCAAUCCAAUUUUUGCAAGCAUCCACUCUCUAAUUUAUGAUUGCAGCACUCUAUUUCAAUUGCGAUCAAGAGUAUCUCUAAUAAUGUCUGCAUGAAAUUGAGAAAAUAUUGAAGAAAAAUGAAUCAAUAUAUGGGACUUAAAUAUAAGAUGAUUGCAAAAAAUAGAAAAAUAAAAAAGGGUAUGAUGUGAAUGAUGAUAUCUUCAUUUUAGAAAUGAGAAACUUAGGUUAAAAAGACUUAGAUGAUCUAAUUACAACCUAAGAAAUUGACUUAGAACAAAUAGCAAAAUAAAAUGAAGAAAAUUUGCAAUAGUAUACCACUCUGUUGCCCACAGUUAAAUAGCAUUUAAAAACAGAUUAACAAAAUAAUCUUUUGAGGGAUAUAGCAGGGCUUACAGAAGCUGAAAAACAAUAUAUAGAAAAAACAGAAAUGAAAAUCUAAGCAGAUGAAUAAAAUGUAGUUGUGUAAGAGACUGGAAAAAAAACAUAAGGAGGAGGAAUUCACUUAUAACCAAAUUUAGAUGAUGCAUUGUGUUAAGUUUGCAAUGAUGGAGAUUAUACUGAUGAUAAUCUCAUUGUCUUUUGUUCUAAAUGCAAUAUAUCUGUACAUUAAAAAUGUUAUUUAAUUGAUAUAAUACCAAAUGAAGAUUGGAUAUGUGAUGUUUGUUAAACAUUUGGACCAAAUGGACAAUAUUUAAGAUGUGCUUUGUGCCCUAAAUUAGGUGGGGCUAUGAAAGCUACUUAAAUAGAUGCAUCAUAGCUCUUACACCUUAAAUUCAACCUAUUUUGA